AUGAACUUGAAACAAGAAUUCCCUGUUAUUACAUCUCAUAGAAUCCAAAACAACAUCACAGAGUAUUUAGUCCAAUGGGACUGUCAUGAAUCAACAUGGGAAAUGAAACAAGAUUUAGAAAAUUCAGAAUAUAAAGACUUACUCAACAAGUAUAAUGCCAUAUUUUCAGCCUCAGAUAUUCCAAUGAAAAUUAUUGGGAAGUCGUUACUCAAUAAUACAAUCUAUGUUAGGUGGAAAGAUGGGUCUUAUGAAUUUACAUCUCACACUGAUUUAUUAAAUAAGUAUCCAGAGUUAUUUAUUUAA